CGUACGCGUCGUCCAUCUCCUCACACCCGCCCUCUCGUCCGAGACGACCAUUCUCUCCCCUUUUCUUCUCCACACGACUGAUUCCGCGCCGCCGCCAUUGCCCGAAGCACCGGCGAGCAUCCUCUCUGUGUAGAACAUCAGAUCUAGGAUCAUUCCCCGAGAUCCUGGGUUGCAGAUACUCGAUCUCCCUCUCCAUGUCACCGUGGUCCGGGUUCAAAGGAGACGGAGACGAACCAGAUCCGUCUCUGCAGAGUGAUGAACUCGCCGGAGAUCCUGAAUCUGGAUAUGAGAUCGACACCGGCUACGACGCCUUCCUUGAUUUGCCUCGAGAAAUCCACGAUUCGUGCUUCUCCGGGACUGAACUCUACACACAUCAUAGGUGUCGUCAUGGCGACUGCCCUCAGAGGAAGGUAGCAUUUGACAUGGCUGCUACGGGGAGAAGAUUUCUUGGAUGCCCUCGGCAGGGAGCUGAUCGCUGCUCGUUCGUCGUAUGGGUCGAUGACCCUUGGAAUCCAGUGUUAACAAGGUCCUUGAUCCACUUGUGGAACUUGGUUGGCUUACGAAACAGAGAGGGUAUCCACAUAUGUGAACCGGAGACACAGAUGAAUCAAGCACACCUAGCUCUUCUGACAGAGAAGAACAAUCUGCGGAUCGCUGUUGACCAAAUGGAGCACGGUUUUAUGUCAAGAGAAUUCAAGCUUAAGGAAGUUAUUCGACGCAAUAGUGAGAAAGCCACCCGCCGACUGAACUUGUACGCCAAUUUAUGCAUAUCUGCUGUCAGUGUAGCUGUCACAGUUUUUGCUCUGAUGGUGGUUGUGGUACUGAAAUAGGCAAUUGGACAGUUUGUAUCCGUUGUUGUUUUAUCAACUUCCAUUCCAAAACCCCUGCAUUGCUCCUAUGAUCGCUUUCCUGUUGAACAAUUGUUAAGAAUCGAAUUGGGAUUUUUGGAUGGAGGUCCAUGAGUUA